UCCCGUGAGUUCCAUAUUGCUCCCAAAUUAUCCAGAGAGAUGAACAAAAAAAGAACACAGUUUGCAAACAAUCUCCACAGAGGAAGAAGACAUCGAGAUUUUCCGAGAGACAUGCUGCUUCCAUAUAGACGUGUGUACGGACGUCAGAGCUGGCUGGAGAGUGAGAGAAAGUGGUCCAAUGGUAGGCCUACUUUACAUGCUCAACAGAACCGGCCUUAUAAUCAGCAAGAAUUACCAACAAACAGAGGUCAUGGCUCGAAUGUCAAGACACUUUUGAAUAUAAUUAUAAAGGAUCUGCAGCCCUUAAGUGCUUUGACAAGACAUCAUCUCACAAGGACUCUGCAAUCCUCUUUAGAUCUUCAGUUAAGUGCCUCGUGGCUCCGAAAUGAGCUACAGAGCCUUUACGGGCACGAGAGGGUGGAAGUACAGAAUGCAGUCAAUAAUGCAAGUAACCUCGCGCUCUCAGCUGAGUUGUGGAGCUCCAGUGAGAAGGUGUUUUACCUGACAGUAUCCUGUCACCUAAUCAGCGAAAACUGGAAGCUGAAAUCGUAUGUGCUAGAUACAGCUCAUUUACUCAACAAGCACACAGCAGAGAACGCAGCAGAGCACCUUUUGAGAAUUUCGAACGAGUGGAACGUCACAGAAAAGACCCAGAUCGUGGUCACAAAUGUUGAUGGCAUAAAGAAGGCCCAUACCAAUGGAUGCAGAUGGACUUAUAUACCUUGUUUUGCUUAUACCCUGGAUAAAGUUUUCAGAGAAACCAUACUGAGAACCGACUGCGAAUCUCUACUCAGGAAAUGUCAGCAAAUAGUUGCAUUUUUCCACCAAAACUACAAAGCCUCACAAAAUCUCCAGGAGUAUUGUGCUUCUCUCAAUCUCCAGCGAAGUGAACUGACUCAAUCCUGUGGUCUAAAGUGGCUUCCUACUCUUCAUAUGCUGAAGAACAUCUCAGAGCAGUGGAAAGCCAUUUUUAAGGUUUUUGUCAACAGACGAGUGGAUGAUCUUUGCCUGAAUGAGAAUGAAAGAAAAAUAAUUGAAAACAUCGUGGCAGUGCUGGACAUUAUGAAGGACGUCACAGAGGAAGUCUUAAGUCGAGGGUUCAGCCCCAUCUCAAACAUCAUACCGCUUGUGCAAAAGCUGCAGAAGAGGCUGAGAAACCAAUCGGUGGUGGAGAAUGGAAUAGCAAAGAAACUGUCAGAAAUAUGUGACUAUCAUAUCGGCAACAUCAAACAAAACAUUUGGUUUAGAGUUAGCACAGCACUGGACCCGCAAUACAAAACCAGCGUUCUGCAGGACUCUGGCAUUGAAGAUAUCACAGCAGAAAUCAGGAAACAGAUCAGGGGAGAUCCACACACUGCAGUGCACUGCAGUCAUGACACUGAAAGCGAAGAGUCAGUCUUUCAAAAGUACUGGAAAACAACAAGCAUUUCAGUGAAUGCACUUGAAUUCUGGAAGACCAAUGAAGAGUUUAAAAAACUGGCAACAGUGGCCCGCAAGUACCUCACAGUGGUCUCCACUGCCAUUCCAGUGGAGCGUGUGCACCAGCUGCAAGAAUCACGGCUUGUUGACAGGAGAAACUGUCUGGAGCCAGAAAAUGUCAAUAUGAUCCUGUUUUUGAACAGCAACCAAUGAAGAAAACGCAUUAUGUGAUCAGUGGGACCCCUCACUGGAUAUGAUUAUUUCAGAUUUACAUCCACAUACCAAAGUUGAAGAGCUUGAAUUCUAUGAAUGAAAGGUUUCAAUAUCUACCAACAUCUGCUGAUAUACUUUUAAAGCUUCAACAAUUGUUUUUCAAAGCAACACAAACUGUGCAAAAAGGUCUGUAGACUGUUGCAUUGUCUUCUGUAGUGUGGAACACCACAGCAAAUAAAACCUAUAUGACAGCUACCUGUCACCUGAUCGAUAACACAUGGACCCAGCAGUCAUGUGUUUUGGA